GAACGACGUGCAGAAACCGCCUCUGAACCAUCUUGGUCCUUGGCUGCGGGGCUGUGAGCUGCGACCAUGGCGUAUCCGAACACCAGCAUCCUGACGGCCAACCUCAGCGGCGCUUUGGACGGCCACAACUUGGGGGGAAACAUCUACCGGCCCUUCUCUGUUUUCAGCGUCCUCACUCUGACUCUGCUGGCCAUGCUGGUGGUGGCCACCUUCGUGUGGAACUUACUGGUGCUGGUCACCAUCCUGAGGGUGCGGACCUUCCACCGGGUGCCCCACAACCUCGUGGCGUCCAUGGCGAUCUCCGACGUGAUGGUGGCCGCGCUGGUCAUGCCCCUGAGCCUUGUGCACGAGCUGAACGGGAGGCUGUGGAAGCUGGGCCGCGUCCUGUGCCAGGUCUGGAUCUCGUUCGACGUGCUCUGCUGCACGGCGAGCAUCUGGAACGUGACGGCCAUCGCGCUGGACCGCUACUGGUCGAUCACCAGACACCUGCAGUACACGCUCAAGACGCGCAAAAAGAUAUCCAAUGUGAUGAUCGCACUCACCUGGCUGCUGUCCUCGAUCAUUUCGCUGUCGCCUCUCUUCGGGUGGGGGGAGACGUACUCAGAGGGGAUGAAGUGCCAGGUGAGCCAGGAGCCGUCCUACACCAUCUUCUCCACCUUCGGAGCGUUCUACCUGCCGCUCUGCGUGGUGCUGUUCGUUUACUGGAAGAUCUACAAGGCCGCAAAGUUUCGGAUAGGAACGCGCAAGACCAACACAAUCACGCCCAUGGCCGAGGUGAAGGAGGAAACACAUCAGCCGCAGAUGGUGUUCACCGUGCGCCACGCCACCGUGACCUUCCAGACGGACGGCGACACGUGGCGCGAGCAGAAGGAGAAGAAGGCGGCGCUGAUGGUCGGCAUUCUCAUCGGCGUGUUCGUACUCUGCUGGAUUCCCUUCUUCAUCACAGAGCUCAUCGUCCCCUUGUGCUCAUGCGACAUUCCGCCCAUCUGGAAGAGCAUCUUCCUGUGGCUGGGCUACUCCAACUCCUUCUUCAACCCACUCAUAUACACCGCCUUUAAUAAGAACUACAACAAUGCCCUGAGGAACCUCUUCUCCCGGCAGCGCUGAGCUACUUUGCACGCUCAGCAGAAACACUUCACCAGCAUGCACUACUCAGUGUUACAGAAAGGGAUUAAACCCGGUCUGUUUCUACCACUCCAUCCUUUCUCCAAAAGGAUGAUAACUAGAAGCUAUGUCUUUAAGACUGUUUCCAAAACGUUGUUCUUUCUAUGAAUGUGUUGUUUUUGUUCUUCACCAUGCUGAGCUAAACUCACAGCUGGACUGAGAUGGGUGUCUGAGCGAGGAAUAAAUUGGCUGUGUUGUGGCAGCAGCAGCAGAUGCUAAGUGAUGUCUACAUGUCGGUUUUCUUUCAGGCUUAUUAGGGGAAAAAAAGAAGGAAAACUCCCUUUUUCAUCAUCACGAGAGGCUUCGAGGAAUGGUUUCAAAGUAAGGAUGCAAGAAGAAAAGGUGUUAAUCAUAAACAAAGAUAGAAAUUUGGAUUGUGUACGACACCAGACAACAAAAACGCUGAACUAUGUCGAGCAGAUUUAAAGUUAAAAACUACUCGAGAAGCGUCUGUUAGAGAAACACAAGAAUCUACAAAUACAAGCUAAGAAGAAACCCCCCCCCAACAGCAAAUCUACCAAAAAACAAAAACACAACACAGUGGUGCGGAAAAUACUAGCGAUCUGGCAGGAGAAACUCCGAGUGAAGUCAGAGCCCAUAACAGCUGUUUGCAUUCACACAUGCAGUUUCUCCUGGAAGUAUCCAGAGAAGUGUUAAAGCUCUAAUUAUGAUGAAUGAAGACUUGACACCAUAACAAAUGAAAUAAUGUAAACGUCAGGUUUAUAAAAAAGUAAAGAGAUAAAAUGCUCAAUAAUCACACAAACUCCCGGGCGUCACAUCCAAUCAGUUUUCCUUCCAUAUGCCACCUACCUUACACUCUUAUGUGUAUGUAAUGAAAGCAGGGAAACAUCAGCCGAUAUAAAUGUAAUGUUGUUAAGAGACAAAGUACAGACGAUAUGUGUACCUGUGUUAAGCUUCUAAAUGCAUCAUCUGAUCAUUAUCAUGAUCUGUUGCAGGAGAAAAUAAAUCAGACAUCUUGCUUUAUUGUACGAGGGAGCGAAAGUGAAAACUCCACGUUUAAAGUAAGACUCAUGGAGUUAUACUGCAGCAGGGUGGGGUUGGGAAUAAGAGAAGUAAUGUGAACCAAAUAUCCCUAAUGGGCUCAGCACACUAAAGCUAUGCUUCACUUGGUUUAAUGAUGUUCUCCAAGUGAGCCUCUUUAUCAUCUUUUACACAACGCCUCUUUUUCCUGCACAAAUAGUCACUUUCUUCUGAUGGUGUUCAACACUGUGGAGUCAGAAAGCUCGUCUUCAUUAGAUAAUGUAAUAUAUUGUAAUGUAAGGAAUGAAGCAUGAUAAAGUAGUUCCUCAGCUGAUGUUGUGAUAUAUCUGCAGUA